AGUGGGUAACAAACAAAAUUCAGUGUACCCCCAACGAACUUUUUAUUUUUGAAGAACAUUAAUAAAUCACGUGCGUUUGGCAAACAACUCAAUUUGAAUUAGAAGAAAAUAAGACGACGAUACUACUACUAGUUCCGCCGCGUCAUCAACCAACGAACGAAGCAGGUUUACAAUUACAACUUGUCAUUUGAUUUGUGACUCUACUUUUUCCGAAAAACCUUGAGUUGAGUCUCUUACCUCGUUCGUAGACCUCUUCUUCCCUCUCCUAAGCAAAGCAAUAAUGUCGGAUGCUAAAACCCAAAUCGAAUCUCUCAGGAAAUGGGUCGUUGAACACAAACUCCGUACUGUUGGUUGUUUGUGGCUUAGCGGUAUUACGGGUUCAAUUGCUUAUAAUUGGUCUCGUCCUAACAUGAAAACCAGUGUUAAAAUCAUUCACGCCAGGUUGCAUGCUCAGGCUCUUACACUGGGAGCAUUAGCUGGAGCUGCAGUGGUAGAAUAUUAUGAUCAUAAGUCUGAAGAAAAGGCUAAGGCUGCAAGGGAUUCUAGGCGAUAAAUCUAACGAAGUUUGAGUUUCCGAAAUUCUUUAUACUAGCUGAUAUUUGUAUCUGACAUCUCACAGCUUGGCAUAGUAGAAUUUUAGUGAUUGCAAAUUUUGCAGUAUAAUUUGUCGUGGUUCAUCAAUGCCCAAAAUAAAAAUUCUACAUUGAAAUAUUUACUUGCCGGGGAGAAUAUAUUUCUUGUUGCAAAUUACAUUGGAUUACUUUUAGUACAAUAUCAUUUUUGGUCAUUUUAAAGGGAAAAAUAAUAUUAUCAAUAUUGAUGUGAAAAUUAACCAUUGAUGAA